AUGACACUGGAACAGGAGAAGAUCUCACUGAAUUCAAAAAACGAAUAUCUUCAGGCGAACAUGGAGUCGCUGAAUAUAGAGAAGGAGAAGAUCCAAGAGCAUUUCCAAGAUAUCAUGCGCGAACGCGAGCAGUUCCUACUAGAAAAUCAGAAUCUCUCAACAACAACUUGUCAUCUGAAGAAUCGCCUGACUGAGAUCGAGACCAAAACCAACUGCAUGGCCGUUGAGAAAGAGAAAAUCGAGAUGUUGUUACAAAUGAACGAAAACAAGACCUUAGAUCUUGAGAAGGAACGGCAGUAUUACACAAAACAAACUCAGGAGCUCCUUCUGAACCUCAAGGAGGUCAAUGAACAGAAGGAAUUAACCGAAUCAGAACUUCGUCAGCAAGUCAUGGCGCGAUUGGGAGCUGAAAAGCAACUGCAGGCCGCCGAAAAAGCCCUUGAGCACUUGGAAAUGGCGCUGAAGAUGACCGGGGCGCAGAUGACAGAACUGCAGGAGCACAUUAUGCCUGAUGUUCAUAAACUGCGAGUACAAUUUAAGGAGGUCAAUGAACAGAAGGAAUUAACCGAAUCAGAACUUCGUCAGCAAGUCAUGGCGCGAUUGGGAGCUGAAAAGCAACUGCAGGCCGCCGAAAAAGCCCUUGAGCACCUGGAAAUGGCGCUGAAGAUGACCGGGGCGCAGAUGACAGAACUGCAGGAGCACAUUAUGCCUGAUGUUCAUAAACUGCGAGGUAUGGCGCAUUCAUCAAAGUGA